AUGUCACAAAGUAAUCGAAGGCCGUUCUCUGCUUUCUGGGAUCUUUUCCUCCCAGAUGUAUGCCUCUCUCUCAUCAUCAGUCUCCGUCCAAAGACCUCCAUCAAGCUCGCAUGCUUCAUCGCAUACUGCGUUGUCCUCUUUUCCGGUUUCAAACUCACCACGGGGGACCCCCUCCAUAACUACUCCAUGGGCUCUGCCAUAACCAGCCACAUCGCCACGGCCAUCCAUUUCGUCUGGCUGACAGACCCCGUUCGCGACUUCCGGCACGAGAAGGACACCGUCGACCCGGCGUCGCUCCCCAUCCUGCAGCGGUGGUGGUGGAUGCUCUGCGCCGUCCACUGCCCUCGAGGCGUCGGCUGGAACUACCAGGUUGCCAACGUCCCCACUCCCCCGACCAAACCGCGCUGGCAAUUUGUCCUGCGCCAGCUCCGCCGCACGGCUUGGUUCUUCCUCCUCGUGGACCUCGCGCAGACCUACGUCAAGUCCAACCCAUACUACACCGACCCCACGCCGUACACAUCCCCGUUCACAUCGCAGGGGUAUACGGGCCGUGUCGUGAACAUCGUCGCUUGGAUGACGCUCCCGUACGGGACCAUGAACAUGAACUACGCCGCGCUGUCCGCGGUGUGCGUCGCUUUGGGCUUAUCGGAGCCCAGGUACUGGCCGGACCUGUUCGGCGCGUGGAGCGACUCGUACACAGUGAGACGAUUCUGGGGGCGUACCUGGCAUCAACUCAUGCGUCGCUACAUCUCCUCCAUCGGGAAAUUCUUCGUAUAUCUCUUCGGCUUCAAAAAGGGCACGAACGGCUCCUCCUAUACCCAGCUCUACGUUGGCUUUACGGUCUCCGGGCUCGUGCACAUGGGCGGGGACACUAUGGUGGGCAAGGAGUACCUCGGCGCGUCCUUCCACUUCUUUAUCGCGCAGGCGAUGGCAAUCACGGCCGAGGACGCCGUGAUCGCCACGGCAAGGAGAGCGGCGCUGGACAGAUUCUUCCCGCAGUCCGUGGCCAGGCUCAUAGGGUAUGCAUGGACCUUCCUGUGGUUCAGUCUCUCGACGGCUUGGUACAUCCAGUGGGCCGUCGACGCUGGCAUGGCCAAGUCUGCGCAGCCGCUGAAGUUCUCAGCAAUCCAGACCGCGCUCCGUGCCUUAUCAUAG